AUGGCCAUGACCGGCCCUUUGACUAUCGACGAGCUAGAGGCAGGAAUGCGCCUCAUCAUCAAAAACAUGCAAGCUACUUGUCUUGAAGAAGAAUUGAAAAGCAUGCACAAGUCCGGUUUGCCCUCCAAACAAGGUCCAUUACAGCACCUCAGUCCGGUUAUCAAGGACGGCCUGAUUCGAGUCACCGUCCGGCUCAGCUUUGCCGAUCUACCAGAAGAACAGAGAUAUCCGGUGUUUAUCCCAAGGGAGCACCCUUUCUUGAAGAUCAUCAUUACACAUCUGCAUCGUUCCAACAACCAUGCAGGCCUGGGAAUGGUCCUAACUGAAUUUCAACGCAAGUAUUGGAUGCGCGGGUCAAGGAAAAAUGCACAGGCCAUAAUCCAAAAAUGCGUGCUUUGCGUCCGGGCGAAAUUCAAACAAGCAAUGGGUCAACUGCCCCGACUCAGGGUUACCCCUUAUACAGCAUUCACUCACACCGGAGUGGACUUGUGUGGGCCAUUUCAAGUCCUGCCGAGUCAGCGAGCAAAAACAAAGCUUACCGUAUAUGCUUGCCUUUCCGACAAAAGCAGUGCACAUCGAAGUGAUGGAAAACAAAUCGCCGCAUUGACGCGCUUCGUAUCCCUACGCGGGAGACCAGAAAUAAUAUACUCCGACAAUGGGCGCACUUUUGUGGGAGCCAGCCGUGAGCUUUCUGAGCUCAGGAAGGUAUAUAAUUCGGAACUAUUUCAGCAUGAAUUGGUCGGAGUAGCGGCAGAACAAGGAAUAAGAUUUUCUUUCAUCCCACCCAGGAGCCCAAAUUUCGGAGGGCUGUGGAAACCAAACAUAAAGGUGGCAAAGAGACUGUUCACUACAGCCGCACGAGGCUCAAGUUUCAACAUACUGGAAAUCCCGACGGUAUUCUACCAGGUAGCGGCGAUCAUGAAUUCACGGCUGCUCACAUCGGUGCUCUCCGAAGCCGGAGUCCCUAAACCCUUGACCCCAGGUCACUUCUUAAUAGGACGAGCAAUGACUGCGGUACCUAUUCCUCCUAGUCACCUGGAAGAACGAAAUCUUGCAAUGCGGCGGUAA